AUGAAGGAUAAUGGUGGUGCAAACGUAUGGGACCCAGUUAAGUUCACAUGCGAAAAAUUUGAAUGCAAGAGAAUAGAAAGCAGACUUGCAGUCUAUAUGUUGGACCCAGAUAUUUCAAAUGCUUUAGCUGCCAAAUAUAUUGCAGUUCCACUUAUGUUCCCUAUACACCAAAUAUCUGUCAAAGACUUUGCAGGUGAAGUUGGAAACCAAAGUGCUGACCCAGGUGCAAGAACAGAUAUUGCCUUAACAACUGCAAUGAAACAUGCAGAUACUAUGUUUGUACUGUUCAGACGAACUAUAAAUGACUAUUCUUGUUUCUACAACCCUGGUAUUAAAUAUCAUAUAAACAUAGAUGGCAAAUAUUAUCCAAGAGAAGAAUAUUCUACAGUUGAGGAUAUGAGGUCAUACAACUUGACAUUAGAUGCUAUGAACUUUAACAACAACUUCACAACAACCAUUAACCCUGAAAUGCAAAGUUCUAUUAUGCCAUAUGUGAAAGUAUGGACUCAUACAGGAGGUCAAAAAACUCAAUAUACAAAUGGAGACCGUUCAAACUUUUGGCUUGGCAUUCCAUUUGCUGACUCAGAAGACU